AUGGUCAGUGGUUCUCGUGGUUCUCGAGCAUCGCAGGGUCGAACCUCAUUGUCACCCACUGGCUGUGAGUUGAGCGAAAGAGAUGCCGCGCUGGCGGCAGGACGUCGUCUAAUGGCGAAACUGUUACUCCGUGGGCGGUCAGCUCACUUAGGAGCCGUGUUCGCGACGUGCCGCGACCGUUGUAGAGGUGACCACAGUGACGACCACCAUGGCUAC